ACGUCAAAAACAGCGUUAGGUAUACAUCAAACACAUUCGGCACUGUUUCGAGUUCACAAUAUUUCCAUUUUGUCAAAGUUUUUUCUGUUUCUUUUAUAAUGAAAUUUCUGUUAAUCGCGUUCGUAUUAAUAUCUUUACACUACGCAGCGUCAUUUCAAUAUGACACGUAUUCACGCCAUUUUAUGCCCAACAACAAUUAUUUAUACUCACGGACACAGCCUAUUAUUUACGGAUAUCCAGAACCCACAGCAGUCCGCUACAGUGUUCAUAGAAGUUUCACACCGAAUAACAGGAGUUUAGUUGUUUCAAAAAAGACAAAUGUGGACGAAAUCCAAAGUCAUCUGAAUAGUUUGUUGUCGAGAAUGAAAUCAAAAAUGACGCAGAUCAAUAAAAAUCAAGAGCAAUCAGUGACUGACCAAUCAAUGACUAAKCCAAAUAACGAAUUUUACAAAGGAAGGCGUAUAAGAAAAACAUUGGCAUCAUCUAGAUCGGCAUCUGUGUAAUAUAUAUUAAGUAGAGAGAAAAAUUAACGAACUGAGGUGACGGUAAUAAUAGUGGGUAACACAUUUUCGGCAUUAUUUUAUUUUUUUAUAAUAUUAAUAAUCUAACAGAAUACUAAACAAUUUGUU